AAACCAAACAGAGACAAAGUUGAUUAGUUAUGGCUGACUUCAUGCAUGCAGCUAUAUAUUUGCCGCGCGGCAUAAAACUUUUCGCGUGUGUUCUCCUUCCACUCUUCCCAAGUACAUUGGAAUCGAAACAACCAGCGUUACGGACCACAAAAGUGUACGAUGGAGUACCUCAUAAUCACAGCCAAGUUCGUUAACACACGUGGUGCUAAUGAAAUACCCGCCGGCACACCAUGGGGCAUGGAGACGGAAAGACGAUCAGCCUUUGAGCGCGGCUGCGCGGGCCAUCCCCAGCAGCCACCCGCACACGGGAUACGGCGGGCGGAUGCAUCCGCCGUCCGUGUAAACGAGAGGGAUCCAAUCCAACCGAAAUCCGGCGCAGGCGCGCAGCGAAGGGGGGCUUUGACCCGCGCCGAGAGCUCAGCGACCUGCCGCGGCCAGCAGGGCGCGCACAAGCACAAGCGAGGCGACGCGCUCCCAAGGCUCCGCGCCUCCGCCCCCAUGUCCAUGACUGGCCACGAGCCACAGGGCCAGCCAACAGCGCCAAGCGCGGCAGGUGCCCCGCCCUAGUCUCCCUGCAGCUGCACAGCCACCUAAACUAAACAAGCUGCUAUGCGCCCAGUAAAUAAACUAGUGAACCGCCUCCGCCUCCGGCCUCGCAAGAUAAAUACGCACUCCGAGGCCGCGCGCACACGCAGCCCGAAACGCGAGCACAAUCAAGGCCACCACCAUCGCCAUUACCGCACCCGCAGCCGCAGCAGCAGCUCGUCUUGCUUGCGUCGAGGAGCGAGGAGCUACACGCGCGCAUUGGGAGCUACACGCGCGCAUUGGGCGCCGCCGGCGCGAGCCGCCGCGCCGCAGCACCGCCGACGCCGAUCGCCGGCGCCCAUUGCUUCCGUGGGAUUGGUUGCCCGCCCAGCGUUCUAGCCAGCGGCGCCGCCAAGGAGCGAAGCGGCGCCCCCGCGAAUGGCGGGCCGCCGUCUGCUGCUGCCGCUGGUGCUGGCGGCGGCGUUCCUGGCCGCCGCCGCGGCCAGAGCUGGCAGCAAGCCCUCGGCGGCGGUGUUCGAGCUGAUCCACCGGGAGCGGGCGACCUGGGCCGAGAUGGCGCGCAAUGACCGGGCGCGCAUGGCGUUCAUCUGCUCGCGCGGGCGGCGCCGCGCCGCGGAGACGGGCGUGACCAGGGCCACGGCGACCGAGAAGCACAAGGCCGCGCCCGCCGCCGAGGCCUUCGCGAUGCCGCUCUCCUCGGGCGCCUACACGGGAACCGGCCAGUACUUCGUGCGCUUCCGCGUCGGCACCCCCGCGCAGCCGUUCCUGCUCGUGGCCGACACCGGCAGCGACCUGACCUGGGUCAAGUGCCGCGGCCCCGCCCCCGACGCCGGCUACGGCUACGGCGCCCCGCUCCCGGCGCCCUCGUCCUCCUCCCCGCCGCCGCACGGGCGCGUGUUCCGGCCGGAGAAGUCCCGGACGUGGGCGCCCAUCCCGUGCUCCUCCGACACCUGCAUCGCGUCCCUGCCCUUCUCCCUCGCCGCCUGCCCCACCCCCGGCAGCCCCUGCGCCUACGACUACCGGUACAAGGACGGGUCGGCGGCGCGCGGCACGGUGGGCACCGACUCGGCGACCAUCGAGCUGUCGGGGCCCGGCGCGGAGGCCGCCGCCACCAGCACCAGCAGGAAGCAGAGGCGGGCCAAGCUGCGGGGCGUCGUGCUGGGCUGCACCACCUCCUACAACGGCGACAGCUUCCUCGCCUCCGACGGCGUGCUCAGCCUCGGGUACAGCAACUUCUCCUUCGCGUCCCGCGCCGCCGACCGCUUCGGCGGCCGCUUCUCCUACUGCCUCGUCGAUCACCUCGCCCCGCGGAACGCCACCAGCUACCUCACCUUCGGGCCCAACCCGGCCCUGUCGUCGCCGGCCCCCAAGGCCAGGACCGCCUGCGCGGGCUCGCCUCCGGCGGCGCCCGGCCCCAGGCAGACGCCGCUCCUUCUCGACCACCGGAUGCGCCCCUUCUACGCCGUCACCGUCAACGGCAUCUCCGUCGACGGGGAGCUCCUCAAAAUCCCGCGCCGCGUCUGGGACAUCGAGAAGGGCGGCGGCGCCAUCCUCGACUCCGGCACGAGCCUGACGGUGCUGGUCCGCCCGGCGUACCGCGCCGUCGUGGCGGCGCUGAGCAAGAAGCUCGCGGGGCUGCCCAGGGUGACCAUGGACCCGUUCGACUACUGCUACAACUGGACGUCGCCGUCGACGGGCGAGGACCUGACCGUAUCCGUGCCGGAGCUGUUCGUGCACUUCGCGGGGUCGGCGCGGCUGCAGCCGCCGGCGAAGAGCUACGUGAUCGACGCGGCGCCCGGCGUGAAGUGCAUCGGCUUGCAGGAAGGGGAGUGGCCCGGGGUGUCCGUCAUCGGCAACAUCCUGCAGCAGGAGCACCUGUGGGAGUUCGAUAUAAAAAACCAACGGCUCAGAUUCCAGAGGUCGCGGUGCACGUAAUGAUUGGGCCGCGGUGAUCCAUCGUUCUCCCCUCCACUUCAUUUUUUACCCCUUUGUGGUGGUGAUCUUGCUGAUUCUUUUUUUCUUUUUUUUUCUUUUCACCCUUGUUCAGAUACUAAUGCAAUGAGAAAUGUACCUUAUUGCAAUGCAAAAGUGAUAAGCUGUAAUCAGUUUUCCCCUUUUCCUUUUCUUCUUCCACCCUGCUGUCCUCUCAUUCCGGUGAAUAUAUGUUCAGAGCUCAUUUCUUCCA